UUUAUAUCUCUGCAUAUAACAAAGUAGUAACACAACUCCUAAGAACCAAUUGCAUUUGAGUGGGUUCACGUUUCUUUGUGAAGGAAAUCAGCUUUUCUUUCAUGAACAGAGGUACUGCCUGAAGUGGAAAAGGAAAGGCCUUUGGCUCAGUUCUUCCUGUAUUCAGAAAAAUUGGCCUGUUCUCUUUCUAUGAGGAGCAGGAGGUAAGUUACAGCAACCCUUCAUCUCGCUGUUUAUGAUGAUGAUGAUGAUGAUUUCAAUUUACAGUGGUACCUCGGGUUACAGACACUUCAGGUUACAGACGCUUCAGGUUACAGACUCCACUAACCCAGAAAUAGUACCUCGGGUUAAAAACUUUACCUCAGGAUGAGAACGGAAAUCGUGUGGCGGCAGCAGGAGGCCCCAUGAGCUAAAGUGGUGCUUCAGGUUAAGAACAGUUUCAGGUUAAGAACGGACCUCCAGAACAAAUUCAGUUCUUAAUCCGAGGUACCACUGUAUAUACCUCCUUUUAUCAAAAGAUCCCAGGGAAGUGUGCGACAUUAAAAACACAUUACAGAACAUCAGUGAUAAAACCAUACUGAAAAUUAUGCUGACAGACAGCUUAAUACAACCUUUUGUAUUAACCAAGUUGUUUUGACGCCUAAAGCAGAAAAAACACCACAAAUGCUUUCCCAGGGAGUACAAAAUACAAUGAAAACAAAAUUAAAUAAGAUUUGCUACCCAAAAUCAAACAGCAUCUCUCACUGCAUCUGACUGUAAGCAGGAUUUUCCCUCCUUUCCUAAAAGAGAAAUUCCCUAAGCGUCUGCGCACACACAAACACACACACCCUGCUAGUUCUAUAAUUCUUGGUCAAGAAAGCUGAAAGCGAAACAAAAACGCUUGUUUUUUCAGUUGCUUCCUGCUGCUCUCAGAUUCCUCCGCCAUCCGGUGUCCGUUGCACAAAGGGAAAUGCCAGGCCUUUAUUGCAUCAAAAGGAGCUUGAGUUAAGAAUUGCUGCUGCUGCUGUUGUUGUUGUCACUUGGAGACAGGCUUGGGAAGAGGCUUGGAAGAGGAGGAGAUGGAGGAGAUGGAAAUAUGCAAGAAGCACCAUGAGCCCCUGAAGCUCUUCUGCAAAGACGAUGAAUGCCUCAUCUGCUUGGUCUGCGACAGAGCCAAGGAGCACAGAGGACACGAUGUGGUCCCUGUAGAGGAAGCUGCCCCAGACUACAAGGAAGAAAUCGAGGGCCACCGGAAGUCUGUGGAGCUCAUGAGAAAGAAUCUUGAGGACCGUGUGUUGGCCGAAGAGCUGGGAAGCCAAGAAUGUCUGGCAAAGUUAGAAGCAGAGGCAAAGAAAGUCAAGUCUUCCUUUCAUCAGAUGUGCAGAUUGCUCGAAAGAAUGGUGCACCUCAAGCUGACCCAGAUGGAAGAUCUGAAGAAAGAGAUCAAUAAGAGGCAGCAAGAAAACGUCAGCAGGCUCUCUGAGGAGAUCUCCCACCUCAACGAUAUGAUCGUUGAGAUGGAGGAGAAGUGCCAGCAGCCGGUCUGUGGAUUCCUGCAGGACAUCAGAAGCAACUUGAACAGAUAUGAAAAGGAACAAGUAAGGGAUGCAAUUGAGCUUUCUCCUGGAUUGGAAGAGGCGGUUGGAGUUUACUCAGAGAACAGCUCUGCUUUAGGAAUUGCUGUGGAGACAUUUAAAGAGUCCUUGGAAUUCCUGGAGCCGGCGCUGUACAAAGUGACGGUGACUCUGGAUCCAGACACGGCACAUUGCCGCCUCGUUCUCUCCGAGGACCUAAGAACUGUGAGGAAGGCAGAGGAAGAGCAGGCCUUGCCUGAUAAACCGGGGAGAUUUGAUGUUGGGCCCUGUGUGUUGGGCCGCGAGCGAUUCACUUCCGGAAGACAUUUGUGGGAAGUGGAGGUGGACAACGAAGGCAGCGGGGCGAUGUGGGCCGUGGGGGUAGCACGAGAGUCCGUCAGGAGGAAAGGAAAGGGCAGCUUUAGGCUGAUUCCCAGUGAGGGAAUCUGGGCUGUGGGGGCGAUAAUGGGCGAACUCAUAGCGUUUACUUCCCCCCAACAGACCCCUUUGGCCGUGGGGCAAGACCCCAGGAAUAUCCGCGUGACCCUCGACUACGAAGAGGGACUUGUGGAAUUCUUUGACACGGACAGAGCUGAGCUGAUCUUUGCUUUUACGGGAGCCUCCUUCUCUGGGCAGAUGAUCCGGCCCUACUUCUGGGUAGGGUACAGAUCCCAGCUGAGGUGCUGAAUCGCAGGAAGGAGAUCCUUCUCCUUGUUUCUUAUCAGUUCCCUGAAAGAAGGAAGCAUUCCAGCAAUUUUCCUUCAUAGCUCCAUGAAAGGUUCCCAAGCCAUUUUUUCAGCCUUGGUGGUUUUUGAGUAGGACCUCCUGAUCUCAGAGCAGGAAGAGUAGCUAUAAAUGAAAUCAAAUUGUAGAAUUGGAAGGGACCCCAAGUGUCAUCUAGUCCAGCCCCCCUGCAAUGCAGAAAUCUCAACUAAAGCAUCCAUGUACAAAUUAAAAAGAAUACCACAGAAAGCUUGGUGGCUCCCUUUUGUGGCAGGUUUUUGAAAUAUUUACGUCUGCAUGCAAAAAUGGUAAAAGAAGCUACAAACAGGUGUUGGUGUGGUUUGGGGGGGGGCGUUUGCUUGAGCUCAUAUACAGUGGUACCUUGGGUUACAUAUGCUUCAGGUUACAGACUCCGCUAACCAAGAAAUAUUACCUCGGGUUAAGAACUUUGCUUCAGGAUGAGAACAGAAAUUGUGCUCCAGGAGCGCAGCGGCAGCGGGAGGCCCCAUUAGCUAAAGUGGUGCUUCAGGUUAAGAACAGUUUCAGGUUAAGAACAGACCUCCGGAACGAAUUAAAUUCUUAACCCGAGGUACCACUGUACCUUUAAAGUUGGUAUGGCAGGCAGAAUUUCAACCAGUACAGACUAUCCCGUCCCUGCAUGUCCAGAUCCACCUUAAAGCAGCUAUAGAUCAAGUUGCCAAGAGUGGGGACAGGAAUCAAAUUAGCCCAAAGUCUCUUCUUGCUGUUCCUCCACCCGAACCUCAGCAGAAGGAAUUCCCUGUACCACUUCUCAGUAUUUUUUUAUAUCUCUCUCAGAGUCUGAGAUUUAUGAAAAUCCACCUGUAGUUUCCUCCUCACAGAGCUACAAUUCCCGGUACCCUUAACAAACUACAGUUGCUAGGAUUAUUUGAGUAAAGUUAUGUGCUUUGAGUGUGCAUUGGCUGUGCUUAAAAGUAUUGCAUAAAACAAAUGAAAUACCGUGAAAAUCCCUGAAACGAGAAGUAAUCGACUAGAAAUAUUAUCUUAUGGAAAUAAAGAAAAUAAUAAGAAUCAAAAAGUUUAAGGAAAAAAUUAGAAAAACCUGUAGAAACUGUACUCUUGAGUCCUCAAUCCUUUAUUACUGCACUUUGAUUCACCUCGGUCGAGCUAGGAUUAUAAUCCUUCAGAAUUUUUGGGAGUUCUACCCCCUUUUUUGGAUUUUUGGUCAUUUAAGGUUUAUGAAUUUUCUAUUUCCUUCUGAGGAAACUGAAUAGUUCAGUGAAACGAGGUUUGUAGCCGACAUCCCGUCAAGGCUUGGUUCAAUUUUAGGUUUUUCUAAUUUUUUCCUGCUUACCUAUAAAUUAGAGCCCACUUCUUCCUUUUUUAAAAAAUAGUUUUUAUUAAGAAUUUCAACAUAACAAAUUAUCAAAAACAUAUCAUCUUCAUCCCCCCCAUUUUCCCCCUCCCCCCUCCCCAAGAAAAACCCACUCACCCCCAAACUUCCCUCAACUACUCUCUCCAGUUUUUCAACACAUAUCAUUCUCUGCAUAUUACAAAAUUGUAAAGAUCCUUAAAUUAUCUAUCUAUUAUGUUAACAAUAAUAAAUUUGUGUAUGUUUACUCAAAACCUGCCAA